AUGGGGAAAACGUUGCGGAUAUCCUUCAUCAACGCAAAAUCGAGGCUCGAAGUAAAACCGCCAUAUCGUGGAGUGAAUAACGGUGACCGUGGCAUGUGGCUGACCCUCGUGUCUGAAUUUUUUAUGGUGAAACUUAAUUUUACAUAUAAUCUUUUCCUCUCGACGGGAAAGGAUGGAGGAUUCGUGGGCGGAGGAGGAAGUGGGAUCCCACUACCAAAUGGAACUUGGAUAGGAACUGUAGGAGACGUUAUUUCUGGGAAGGCUGACAUCGGCAUCAUAGCGGUGAAUACAGAUGAGCGAAAUCGACAGGUGUCGUUCACAAACUCAUUUUAUGACCAUGUCUACUUGCACUUCCUAACAAAUAAGGGUGUCCAAAUAUUCUCCCCUGCGACACUCCUCUGGUCGUUUGAUCACCUUAUGUGGACCUGCAUCGGAUCAUCCACUCUUGGAGCGUUUCUUGUCUUCAGAUUAAUCAUGAAUGGGAUGAAUAUUCUAGAAAUGAAUACCAAUGGGAGGAUGAGUUUUGCUCGGAGGGGCCAAGUGAGUCAGGAAAAUUGGGGGCUGCGACAUCAGAUAUGGUUCGUCAUUACGACCUAUUUGGAUCAGGAUUGCGUCCUCCCGACGUGCACUCCACUUCGCUGUUUCGUCGCUCUCUGGCUGUUUUUCGCUUUGAUUGUUACGACGGUGUACAGAUCGAAAAUGGUCAGUUUGCUCGCGUUUCCAGUCAUGGAAGAAAUUCCACAUACAUUUAAAGAUCUGGUGGAAUCCGACUACACCGUAGGGUGUAUAAAUCCUCAAGACGCAGUACUGAGCAUGCUUGCCAGGUCAAAGGAUCCAGUUUAUGUCAAACUUCUCAAUAAUUUGGAGAUCAUCAACAAAAACCGACCAAAAUGUUUGGAACAAAGCAUUGACAAUCAAUAUGCCUGUGUUGCGUUGUCUUCUGAAACCCGGUAUCUGCAAUAUGCUAACCUUUCAGAUUCUGAUAUUCGUAAAUUGGUGCAGUCACAGGAGAAUACGUUUGUGGUUUUCCUCGGGCUUCAUUUUGAAUCUGGUUCAAUCUAUACGGACGCAUUUGAUCGCCUACUUUCCUGGGCUAGACCAUUUCAUCUGGCGGAUGUGUGGGAAGAGUUCGACAUGGUUUACAACGUCCGACUUCAAAAAAGAGAUUGGUGGUUGGCAACGAACCAGACGGAAAAAUUAGAACGUUCCAACGUUAUUGACAAUGACAAUCUUACACUGAAGCACAUUUCCGGCGCGUUUUACGCCCUACUUGCAAGUCUCAUUGUGAGCUUUGCGGUCUUCAUCCAGGAGUUGGUCGGCUACUGCUUGAUGGCCUUAAUUGAGUGCAAAAUGAUUACUCUGAUUCGAAAUAUGAUAUAUGGUUUUGGCUUAUUUAGGUAA